AUGUCGAACUCGGUUUUCCCUCCUAAAAGAAAUCCGAAUUAUACUAUUCCAACGGCAGCUAUUCCAAUCGCAAGCUUCAAUGGUGACGCCAAUGAAAUGUAUGGUAUGGUCUUUGCCAACAUCUCCGUCUAUCCACGCAUCGAUAAAAUAGCUGUAAGUUGUUUAUUUUUUGAGUUAGCCUAACUCUUCUCUAAAAAGCUUUCUAAAGAGCUCCUAAUGUCAUGAGUGAAUAUAUUCACAUUCAGAAAAAAUCUUGCGGUUCAUUUCUAAAACUGAAUAAAUUUCGAGAUAAAAUAUUCAUGAGUUUCCUAGUUUUGCUGGUCCUUUUUUGGAAUUUUUCAAUUUUUUUCCCGGUUUUUUUUUGUUUUUUUUUUGAUUAUAUACGAACGAGGUUCUAUCCAGGGUACAUCUAUGGAAAGUCUGGGGGAAUCGUCAUAAUUGGAACAAUUAAAAUAAUUAAUCGAGGGAAAAAAUAUUAUGAGGAAGAAGAACAUUUCAUAGAUCAAAGACAGCAAAAAAACACAAUUAUUCUGGAUUACUGUAGCUGUUCAAAGUGAUGUGUUCUGCUUCAACAUUUUUCGGCUAUCAAAAAUGUCGUCAUCUAUUGGCUCUUGGUUUCUAUGGCUCCAUCAAAAAUUGCGACUUGGCGAAAUUCACGUGUUGAAUUUCAGCUCUGACUUCGCUAGAUUCUUCGUCCUCCAAAGUACGGUAGCUUCUAUCAGACUCUUUGUUUCUCUGCCAAAUGGAAUGAUUUCGAAACAAAGUUAGAUGUACCGUAUCUGAAUAAAAUUGAAGUUGAAAUUGUGUUUUUUAUGACGUGAAUUCUUGGAGUACAGUAUUCUUGCCAGCAACUACAAAACAUCUGAAAAAAAUGUAUCAUCGGAAAAAUUUGAAUACAUGUUCCCUCCAUGUUUUUUUCGGAUAACUCAAUUCUCAAACAAACUUUUGAUUAGAUUUGUAAAAUUUCCAAACGACUUGGACUCGUUUUGUCUGUCUGAAACUUUGAAAUAUUUUGAGAAAGUUUUAGAACUAAAACUGGGAAAAAAUAUUGCUUGUGUGUGCGUGUAAAUAUGCAAAAUCAACAAAUCAAAACGAACAGCCAUGAAAAAUGAAUCUCACGAAGAUUUUGGCGAAUUACAUCAUUCAUUAUUGCUUGUCCUUUUUUUAACACCCAGCACAGAGUUUAGCAAAAGCACUGCAUGUGAAAAUGUAUUAACCCGCAAGGAAGUCUGGAGAUCAAGGAUGGGGGAUUUUGUGGUUCUCAAACCCGGGGGGAAUAUGUACGAUUUGUCUUACGUUGGUAAAAUGCCUUGAAAUUUCAAAAAUAUGUAUGUAGUUUGAACUGUGGCACUAACAAUCACACACCUUUGGCUGAUCUAAUACACCCAUAUUUCAGAACCUUUCAUUGAAAGCCAUUUGUCGUGUUUGUGUAAGUUUUGGAAUUCCACAAAUUUUCCUUCGUUUAGCACGAUUCUCUGAUGAAGAAAAGCAUGUUUACCGCAUGAAAGUUGAAGGAAAAAUCUGAAAUCUAUCUUUUUUUUUGAAUAAAAAAUCUAAAUCUGAAAACAUUUUUUCCAGAACGAGGAAGGUCAUUGCACCAAGCUCCAAAUCCCAGAUAUAAUACCAUUGGUAAGUCGAAAAAUUGCAAUUUCGAAAUAUGUAUCAACCAAAACAAAAUUAGCAGAGAUGGGGGCUUCCAAUCUAUGGCUACGCAUUACCACCGACUGUCAUCCUCUCAACAACCAUCAACAUCUUCAUGUUAACAAUUCUCUUCCACAAACAUCUUCGCAACGCCACCAAUUAUAUCUUGAUAUCAAUUUCCAUCAAUGAUUUGUUCACCGGACUCACUUCAUCAUCCUGGGCAAUUUAUUAUUAUUCGAUGGGAAUGUAUCUUCAAGAUUUUGGUGAGCAUCAUUAUCGAGUUCACAGCGCGAAUCUUGAAGAUUCUUUGGUUAUUCCGGAAUAUUUGAAAUGUGUUGGAUUCAUUUGGCUCUUCAAAUUUCUUCCAUUGUUUUUCCAUUCAUCGGCUUCCUGGGUUACUGUAUACUUGGCCAUUCAAAGAUAUUUAUACAUCUCGGAGCCAAGCAUGGUCACAAAAUAUUGCAGCAAGAGAAUCACUUUUAUUGUUCUUUUUGGAAUCUAUGCGGUUAGUUGAGAUCGGAGUUUCAGAGUAGAAUUUUUCUCAAUAUUAAUUUUCCAGAUGUGCUUCCUCUCAAUCUGCCCAGAAAUCUUCGGGAGAUACAUUGUCACCGUAACAAUCACCUUCGAGAACCAUACAGAAGUCGACAAUUUCUUGUUCUACACCCCAUUCGUCUACGAUUUCAUCACAAUUGAAAUGUUUACCAAAAUCAACUUCUGGAUUCGAUCAUUCUUCCAUCUUGUUCCAUGCAUUUUGUUGACUGUGAGUUAGGGAAACUCACCUGGUAUUUUGAAUAUCAUUUUUUUGCAGUUCUUCACCGCCAAAUUGGCUAUUUGCAUGAAGCGUGCGGAACAAAAGAAAAUGUCGAUUGUUGGUCAAAGUUCAAGGUAAAAAAUAGAUUUGGAAAAUUUAGAAGACCCAGAUUUAAUUCAGAGGGUCUUUGAAAGUCCAAAUGAAAUAUUUUAAAAACACAUUUCACUUCCCAAGAACCUUUCACAAUUAUUUUUUUCCAGAAAAUAUUCAACUGUAGUCUGUGGUGGUCGUAAAAUCAACUCAACCAACAAAUUGCUCUUCCUAGUCUGUGGUUGGUUCCUGCUCCUUGAAUUCCCUGCAUUCGUCAUUCACCUUGGAAACUUCCUCUUGCGCAUCGAAGUCAUGAAAUUUGAAGCCUGGCCUGAUGUUGUCAAUCGAAUCAUCCCACUUCGUAAUUUGAGUCUCUUGCUCUCUGCCCCAGCUCAAUUUGCAAUCUAUUGCUGGAUGUCUGCACAAUUCCGACUUACCGCCAAACAAAUCUUCACCAAAGAAGAAUUGUACACUGUGAAUGUUCAAAAUACACCAGAUGGUAGAAGAAGAUACAACAUGGUUAUUAAACAUAUUCCAAAACCAGAAGAGGAUGUUGAAGCGAAGCCGAGAUUCUGGAGAAGAUGUUGCAAAAAGAAGCAAGUUCAAGAAGUUGAGAUGGUUCCGAUUAGAAAUAAUCGCAAAAAUGGAAAAGUUGAGAAACCAGCUGAAACUACAGUUCCACUUCAAACUGAAGAAGAAGAAAUUGUUGUUGAAGAAGAGAUUAUGGUUGAAGAUGAAAUUGUAAUUGAAGAAGAAGCUAUGUGCUAA